GGCCACGGGGUGCUGUUUGGUAGCAGUUAGCUAAAGUUCAAUAGAGCUGAAUGGUAGAACACAGAGGAGCUGACAGUUAAUUAAAUGCAUCAGUGGAUGAUAUGAGUGGGAACGAAGACGUCAGUUUUGACCCCAAAGAGCACCAGCACCUGCGCUACAACCCUCUGCGGGACAGCUGGGUCCUGGUGUCAGCCCACCGUAUGAAGAGACCGUGGGCCGGUCAGGUAGAAAAACCCCCCGAGGAGCACAUUCCCAGGUUUGACCCUCGUAACCCGCUCUGUCCAGGGAACACACGAGCAAAUGGAGAGAUAAAUCCAAACUAUGACAGUACCUUCGUCUUUGAAAAUGACUUCCCUGCUCUUCAACCAGAUGCUCCAGAUCCUGGUUCGGAUCAACAUCCAUUAUUUCAGUCUAAAGCUGCCAGAGGCGUCUGUAAGGUGAUGUGUUUCCAUCCCUGGUCUGACAUCACGCUGCCCUUCAUGAAAACACCAGAGGUUGUCAAGGUGAUUGACAAGUGGGCAGAACUCGUUGAGGACCUGGGCUCUACGUAUCCGUGGGUUCAGAUCUUUGAGAAUAAAGGGGCUGUGAUGGGUUGCUCGAAUCCACAUCCACACUGCCAGGUGUGGGCCAGCAGCUUCCUGCCUAAUGAGCCAGCUCUGUCAGACCGCUGCCAGAGAGACUACCACCAGAAACAUGGAGAGCCUCUGCUGCUGCAAUACGCCAAGCAAGAGGCCGAGAAAAAGGAGCGCGUGGUGGUGCAGAGCUCCCAUUGGCUGGCGGUGGUGCCGUACUGGGCGACGUGGCCCUACCAGACACUGCUGUUACCACGACGACAUGUCCUCCGAAUCAAUGAUCUGACAGCAGAGGAGAGGGAGGAUCUGGCUGCCAUUAUGAAGCGACUGCUGACCAAAUACGACAAUCUUUUUGAAGUGUCGUUUCCCUACUCCAUGGGCUGGCAUGGAGCCCCGACUGGCCCCCAUUUAAAAGAAGACAACUCCCACUGGCAGCUACACGCUCACUACUACCCUCCUCUGCUGCGCUCGGCUACCGUCAAGAAGUUCAUGGUGGGAUAUGAGAUGCUGGCCCAGGAGCAGAGGGACCUCACCCCUGAGCAGGCUGCAGAGAAGCUGAGAAACCUGCCAGAGGAGCACUAUAAAAGCAGAGAGGAGCAGGAAGGAGCAGGGAAGGAAAGGAUGAAGUGAAACCACCUGUGAAUGGAUGGAAGAGGUUUAUUUCAACCACAUUUGGCUUUUUUGGAAAUGAAUCGAGCAUUAGAAAUACUGUCGAAUCACCAAAGUGCAUUUAACAGAGGGGUUAAAAAUGCUCUUGUCCACAGUAUGAAUGCAUUUCUGUAUGUACAAAGCUUGUAAUGGCUCCUUCCUGAUGUCAGAACAUUAUUCUUUUCCCCCGUGCUGCCCCCCUUUUAACAAACCUUGUUGUUUGCUUAAAUUGGAAAGCUUUUUCUUCCAACAAUAUAAUGAAUCAUUUUUGUAAGGUUUUUUACCUGAAAUAUUCCUGUGUGAGUUUCUCUUGAUUAUCAGCUUACAGACUUGUAUGAAGAUUUGGUGGUUAAUUCUGCAAAGAAAAUAAAUGAUUCAACAGAU